AUGCUUCGUCAUUUGGCGGUGAAGAGUGCUUCUGCAAAUCUCGACUCCCUUUGCUCAGCGGUGGUCUAUGCCUACAUCCGCUCUCAUACCCCUCCUCACACCCUACACAUCCCCCUCUCAAACCUGCCCCGCGAUGACCUCGCCCUGCGCACCGAAAUGAACGCGGUGCUUAAGCACGCCGGUUUGAACCUCACGGAUCUUCUUACUCUUUCUGAGCUUCCGGAUCUCAAGCCAGAGGAGACCCGCUGGUUGCUCGUGGACCACAACUCCCUCACCGGUCCACUGGCCAAGUUUUCCGGACAAGUGUUUGGAUGCGUUGAUCACCACGCCGACGAGGGUGCUGUACCGAAAGAUGCUGAUCCGAGAGUGAUUGAGCCUUGUGGAAGCUGCAUGAGCUUAGUCGUGGAUGAGAGCCGCAAAGUCUGGGAAGAACUAUGUCGUGACGUCGGCGAGGAUGAAAAGCUCGCCAAGAUCGGUCUAGCAGCCAUUCUCUCGGAUACAAACAACCUAACCUCAAAAGAAAAGGUUCGCGAAAAAGACACCAAAGCAGUUCCCUUUCUCGAAUCCCACAUCCACUCGUCAUUCAGCCAGAAGACCUACUUUGGCGAAAUCUCCGCCGUCAAGGAGGACAUUUCGCACCUCAGCUUCCGCGAUAUCUUCCGCAAGGACUACAAGGAGUGGGACGGUUCAGGCCUAAAGCUCGGCAUAAGCUGCGUUGUGCAGAACCUCGACUACCUAGUCGACAAGGCCGGUGACCCUCAAGCCCUGCUGCGCGACUUUGAGGCCUGGGCGCGUGAGCGCAAACUCGACGUUGCGAGCAUCAUGACCACAUCGCACCCGGACGGCGAGUUCCAGCGUCAUCUGCUCGUAUGGGGGUUGAGCGAUGGGGGCCGCGGGGCAGUGGAGCGGUUCGUGAGGGAUGGAGAUAAGCUGAAGUUGGAGACGUGGAAGGGAGGCGAGUUGGAUGAUGGCAAGACGAGGUUUGCGUGGAGGCAGAGGGAACUAGCUGCGAGUCGGAAGCAGGUUGCACCGUUGUUGAGAGAGGCUCUACAAAAGAGCUGA